AUGACGAUCGAUAUAAACUUGUUGCGGGAGGAGAAGGGCGGCUGUCCCGCCCAUGUGGCGGAGAGCGAGAGGAGACGAGGGCGGGAUCCAGCCAGAGUAGAACGUCUGAUUGCGGCAGAUAAGAAAUGGAGGGAGGCAACAUUCUCAUUAGAGCAGGGGAGGAAGGACUUGAAUGCCGUAAACAAAGAGAUCGGACAGCGAAAGAAGAGUGAUCCGAAGGCCUCAUGCGAGGACCUAGUGUCCAAAACUACGGGCAUCAAGGCAAGGCUACAAACUUUGGAAGCUGAGGCUGCAGAAGCAGCAACCACCAGAGACACGCUCCUCAAAUCCAUUGGCAAUAUCGUGCAUGGCUCCGUCCCUGUAAGCAACGAUGAAACGAACAACAAAGUUGUACGGACUUGGGGGACCCCCAACAAGGUGAAGAUUGAUGGCACUCCUGGGAAAAUGCAUCAUCACGAGGUUUUGCAGCGGUUGCAUGGGGUGGACUUCAAAAAAGGAGUGGAGGUUGCAGGGCACAGGGGCUACUACCUGAAGGGCCCUGGUGUCAUGCUCAACUACGCUUUGAUUCAAUACGGCCUGAACUUCCUGAUGAAGAAGGGAUACCAGCCGGUUCAGCCGCCUUUUUUCAUGAGAAAAAGUGUCAUGGGGGCUGCAGCGGAGCUUCGGGACUUUGAAGAAACGCUGUACAAGAUCCCGCACGAAGCAGGACACCAGCAGCAGCAGAAGACGAAGCAGCAGCAGCAGGAUGCAGAGAGGGAUGACAUGUUCCUUAUAGCCACUAGCGAGCAGCCACUGUGUGCCUUGCAUAUGCAUGAGAGAGUAGAAGAGAAGCAGCUGCCGAUUCGGUAUACUGGCACCAGCACCUGCUUUAGGAAGGAGGCUGGGGCGCACGGAAAGGACUGUUGGGGAAUUUUCCGCAUCCAUCAAUUCGAGAAGAUCGAGCAGUUCUGCAUUACGGCACCGGAAAAGUCGUGGGAUAUGCAUGAAGAAAUGAUUUCUACAGCUGAGGAAUUUUACCAGUCCCUCGAACUGCCAUACAGAGUCGUGUCGAUUGUAACUGGCGCCCUUAACGACGCAGCCGCGAAGAAGUACGACCUUGAAGCCUGGUUCCCCGGGUAUGAGGACUACAGGGAGCUGGUUUCCUGCAGCAACUGCACCGACUUCCAGGCGAGAGACCUUGAUAUUCGCCUUGGCCACAAAAAGGAGACGGCUACAGCGGCAGAUUCAAAACCCUUCGUUCACCUCCUCAAUGCAACGCUUGUGGCCACUCAGCGAUGCAUGUGCUGUAUCCUUGAAAACUACCAAACACCAACUGGGGUGAAGGUUCCUAGGGCUCUUGUCCCGUAUAUGGGAGGGCAGGAGUUCCUUCAUUACCCUACAGACGAUGAAGAUAAGAGGGAGGCUGGGAACGCGUAA